UUCUAGCUUGCUGUAACUGUAGUGUUGUACGCGUAGGGUUUUAGCUACUUCAAAAAGCGCGCUCAAAAACCAUAAAAAUCCAGCUUCAACUUCAUCAAAUUCUAGGGAUUAUUUUGCUCAACUUUCAUAGACUCCACAAAAGAUAAUGGACAUUGAAAUGGAAUCUUCUCCUCCCAGCUAUUUCGACCCCGAAGACCUCACAUCAAGAGAACAAUUUCGCCGUUACGGGAAACGGUAUUCCACAAGUGUAUCUCCGCACCGAGACGAUUACGUGCCUAAGCUCAAAGAUGGGAGGUUGUUAUAUGAGGGGCAGAGUAUACAUAGUCCUACUAAUGCUGCACUUCUUCUUGAGAAUAUUAAACAAGAGGCUGAUAGUAUUGAUACUGAUCAAUUUGAAAGUACACCGCAUUCAAGGACGGCAUCUAAAAGAAGAUCGUAUAUUGAUAGUCGUGGUAUUUAUGAGGGUGACUUUGGUGUUGAUUCGAUACGACGGCUUGGUAGUGAGUCGCUUAAAGCUUGUAAGAUUGAGGAUGAGUCGGUGACUGAUAGCGGAGAGAUGAUUUUUGGGUUAUUUGCUUCGCUUCUUGAUUCUGCUAUUCAAGGGUUGAUGCCUAUCCCUGACUUGAUCUUAAGAUUUGAGAAAUCAUGCAGGAAUGUGUCAGAGUCAAUCAGGUACGGACACAACAUACGGCAUGGAGCUGUAGAAGACAAACUGAUGAGACAGAAGGCUCAACUUCUACUUGAUGAGGCCGCUACCUGGUCUCUUUUGUGGUACAUAUACGGGAAAGAGUCAGAGGAAAUCCCUGACGAGCUUAUUAUGUCACCCUCGACAUCACAUUUAGAGGCUUGCCAGUCUGUUGUGAAGGAUCUUACUGCACAGUUAUGCAUCAGAGUAGUUCAGUGGCUUGAAGGAUUAGCCUCUAAAGCCCUUGAUUUGGAAAGCAAGGUUCGGGGAUCUCAUGUUGGUACCUAUCUUCCCAAUUCUGGAAUUUGGCACCAUACUCAGCGGCUUUUGAAGAAGGAUGCCUCCAGCACAAAUAUUGUUCACCACCUGGAUUUUGAUGCUCCAACACGUGAACAUGCUCAUCAGCUUCCGGAUGAUAAAAAACAAGACGAGUCUCUUUUGGAGGAUGUCUGGACUCUGUUAAGGGCAGGAAGACUGGAUGAGGCAUGCGACCUUUGCCGCUCUGCUGGACAGCCAUGGAGAGCUGCAACUUUGUGUCCUUUUGGAGGAUUGGACUUAGCUCCUUCUAUGGAAGCCCUCAUGAAAAAUGGGAAGAGUAGAACCCUUCAGGCUGUUGAAUUAGAAAGUGGUAUUGGUCAUCAAUGGCGUCUUUGGAAGUGGGCAUCAUAUUGUGCAUCAGAGAAAAUUGCAGAGCAAAAUGGUGGAAAAUAUGAAGUAGCUGUAUAUGCAGCACAAUGCAGUAAUUUGAAUCGCAUGCUUCCUAUUUGCACAGACUGGGAGUCAGCCUGCUGGGCAAUGGCAAAGUCUUGGCUUGAUGUUCAAGUAGAUUUAGAGCUGGCUCGUUCACAACCUGGGAGAAUGGAACAGCUCAAAAACUCUGGAUAUUCUCUUGAUGGAAGUCCUGGACAAAUUGAUAAUGCAUCUCAGACUUCUUUUGGACCAGAAACUUGGCCACUGCAAGUUCUGAACCAGCAACCACGAAGUCUUUCUGCUUUUCUUCAGAAACUCCACUCGGGUGAAAUGGUCAAUGAAGCUGUCACUCGAGCAAGCAAGGAGCAGCAACGGAAAAUUGAGAUGGAUCUAAUGUCGUGUGACAUCCCACACUUACUGGACCUGAUCUGGUCAUGGAUAGCACCUUCAGAAGAUAAUCAAAGUAUCUUCAGGCCUCAUGGUGAUCCUCAAAUGAUCCGUUUUGGUGCUCACUUAGUGCUUGUGCUUAGGCGUUUACUUGCCGAUGACUUGAAGGAUUCUUUCAACGAGAAGCUUAUGAAUGUUGGUGAUCUUAUUCUACACAUGUAUGUGAUGUUUCUUUUCUCAAAGCAACAUGAGGAGUUAGUCGGAAUUUAUGCAUCUCAGCUUGCACGGCAUCGUUGCGUUGACCUUUUUGUUCACAUGAUGGAACUAAGAAUAAAUAGCAGUGUGCAUGUUAAGUACAAAAUUUUCCUCUCUGCAUUGGAGUACUUACAAUUUUCUUCCGAGGAUGAUUCAAAAGGCAGUUUUGAAGAAAUCAUUGAGAGGAUUCUGUCAAGGUCUCGGGAAAUCAAAGUUGGGAAAUACGAUAAGUCAUCAGAGGUUUCUGAGCAGCACCGUUUACAGAGCCUUCAAAAAGCAAUGGUGAUCCAAUGGCUCUGCUUUACACCACCCUCCACAAUUAACAAUGUUAAAGAUAUUAGUUUCAAGCUUCUUUGGCGGGCAUUGAUGCACAGCAACAUACUUUUCAGAGAAUUUUCUCUGAUAUCUAUGUGGAGAGUGCCAUCAAUGCCUAUAGGGGCACAUGCAUUGCUUAGUUUACUUGCUGAACCACUGAAGCAGCUUUCCGAUAUACCUGAUACCCUUGAAGAUUAUGUUUCUGAGAAUCUCAGAGAAUUUCAAGACUGGAGCGAAUACUACUCCUGUGAUGCAACAUACCGCAACUGGCUCAAAAUUGAUUUGGAGAACGCAGAGGUUCCAGUCCAUGAACUCUCAAUGGAGGAAAAACAGAGAUCUAUUACAGCAGCCAAGGAAACAUUGAGAUCAUCUUUAUCAUUGCUAUUAAGGAAAGACAACCCUUGGUUGACUUCUGUUGUAGAUCAUGCAUACGAAUCAGCAGAACCAUUAUUUCUUGAGCUGCAUGCUACUGCUAUGCUCUGCCUGCCUUCGGGUGAAUGUAUGUGUCCAGAUGCUACCAUUUGUACUGCAUUAGUGAGUGCUCUUUACUCGUCAGUGAGCGAGGAGACUGUCUUACACCGCCAGUUAAUGGUGAAUGUUGCCAUUUCACCAAGGGACAAUUACUGCAUUGAGGUUGUUCUUCGCUGUUUGGCAGUAGAGGGCGAUGGACUUGGGUUACACCAAGCUGAUGAUGGUGGUAUUCUUGGUACUGUCAUAGCAGCUGGAUUUAAAGGGGAGCUUGUGCGGUUCCAAGCAGGAGUUACGAUGGAAAUUUCCAGAUUAGAUGCUUGGUAUUCAAUUGCAGAGGGAUCUUUGGAAGAACCGGCUACAUAUAUAGUACAGGGACUAUGUCGUAGAUGUUGUCUUCCUGAAAUAAUUCUUCGAUGUAUGCAGGUUUCUAUUGCAUUAAUGGAGGCCGGUAAUCCACCAGAAAACCAUGAUGAUUUGAUUGAACUCGUUGCUAGCUCGGAAGCUGGGUUCCUCCAUUUGUUUAGUCAGCAACAAUUACAGGAGUUUCUGCUGUUUGAGCGAGAAUAUUCAGUAUGCAAAAUGGAGCUCGAAGAGGAAAUCUCGUAAACCUGCACUCGAUAGAACAGUAUUGCUGUGCUAUUAUUGCACCAAAAUUCAAUGGAUUGCAACAACUCAGAUACUCGUCACUGGUAAUCUAUACUCCGAGAGCCGUAAAGAGUUGUGUGGUGGAAGAGCCAACUGAGAUCCAAUGGAGCUUACAUUACCUGAAAGUCAGAUCUCAUAGAGGUUAAAUUAUUACAUUCCAUCAAUGCCUUGAUCCCUCUUCUCUGGCCAAUUAUCAGCCAAAAUUCCUCCGAGCUGUAAUUGUUUUUUAAUUAUUAUUGUUGUAUAUUAUUUCUAAAUUUAUUAGAUUUAGAAAGCCGACUAAUUUGGAGCUGAUAUUGUUAAUGGUUUCUGCAAUUUUUGUUUUGUUGAGUUGCUUAAUUUUUCAUAA